AUUUCAAAUAUUAAUUUCAUUCAGUUUUAAAAAAUGAAGGAAUAAGGUGGUCUUUGAGAAGUUUCUAUAAGCAUGAAUACACCAAGUUCAUCUAUUUCGAGUUUAUGAGUGGUUUUAAGUUUUAAAAUAAUAAUCAAAAAGAUGGACCUAGAGAAUAUUAAAAAUAAUUCAAUUGAUUCAAAGCUGCAUUUUAAAGAUCCCCUCCAGCCACGCCUGAAGCCAGAAUGUAUAAAUAUUUAACUGUUUUUCAUUUUGAAAAUUCUAACUACAGGAUGCAUGGUGUUUCUGAUUGUUCCCGCUUUUACAGAUUUUUUACCACGCCGUUGUUCCUUCCGCUUUCUGUUUUUGGAGUGCAGCGAGCAAUUACUGCUUAUACAUAUUACAUUUUACAUUAAAAUGUUGCCAUAUUGGAUUGAAAAUACACGUAAAAAGUCAACCCCUUGGGCUCUAAUGUACAGAAAAGCGGACACAUGUAUGACACACCACUGUGAAGUCCCUUGCUCAGCAGGCCCUGCUGCCAGCGGUGUGUGAGAUUCCAACCCGCCAGACUGAUGCUCUCCUCGGCCUAUGGCAGCGAUAUCCCGGCUCUGUGAUCCCACUCGAGGGAGGAGCUACCUUUAGACUAACGUGACGUUUCCGCAUGUCAAUAAAAACUUUCUGAAGUCAAGACGAAGAGAUAGUUAAAGGUAAUAUUUGUCGGAGUGCUCUACUCUACUUUCAGUUUUCAACUAGUAACAACUUUCGGUCACAUGAUAUGGAGCCUGAGCAGAUCCGGGCUGUAAUUGCUGCCUCUAUUCAAGGGAACUAACUGCAGAGAGUAUUUUUAUUGGCCUAAAAACCAAGGGACAGUAGGAGCAGAUAUGUUGAGGACACAGCCAAAGUUCGACCUGCACAGGGAUGUGGUGUCUGAUAUCCUCAGGAAGGAGGCGUCGGUCUGCAGAGUAGAAGAAUACUCUGGAGCCGUCGACAUUCGUAUUCUGAAUUUUGAGAGAGAUGGGGGCAUCCUUUACUCCUGGAAGGGAGCAACAGGUACCACCAGGAUUGGGAAAUAUGACCCGAACAUCAAGAAGAAUAAGCUCCUGUACACAUUUGACAAGCAGGUGUGUGUCAGCAGCUGUUCCCUGAACAAAGAGGAGACACUGCUGGCUGUCAGCUUGGCACAGAAUACCAGAGGAGAGGAGCGCCUCAAUCCAAUAUCAAAAUGCCUGACUCUCCUGAUUGAGAUCCAUCCUAUUAACAACACUAAAGUCCUCAAGGCAGUGGACUUCAGAGUCAAAGUGCAGUUCCUCCAUCAUGAAACUGACAGGAGAGCAGUGCUGGAGAGCCAUCUGCUGCUGCUAACUGAAGAUAGAUAUGUGGAUCUCUACCACGUGAUGCUAACGAAGCAGGAGGGAUAUAGAGUGGUGAUAAUGAACCCCGAACGUUUGUCCAAAACGGCAGUGAGAAUCGUGGAGGAUUUUUGCUGGGUCCAGUGGGACAGGCACACGCAAAGACUCUACUAUCUCACAUUUAAGGAAAAGUUUCUGCUCCGAAGCGUUCAGUUUUACCCAAGCUAUAACUGUGAAAUUGUGUUCGAGCUCCCUUUAGAACUGCCUGCCAACUCCUUCCGCACAGUCAAGUUUGCAAAUCUGGGUUUCGACCAUUAUCACACUGAAAGGUCGGAGCAGGAGCUUGUUAAGUUGCAAGUAUUCACAAAUAAAAUAGAAGGAAGCAUGUGCAUCUGCUAUACCCAGCCUCUUCAAGACAAACACGAACUUCUCUACACUGUGGUUUUAGUUCACAAAGACUGCAGCAAGAAGUUCAGGGUGUCUCUGGGCAGUGAUGCAUCGCCACAGAAAGCCACCCAGCUCCAUCCGCUCUUCAUUCCCAUAGGUUACUACAUCCUGGUAUACCUGCAGGGUUAUUUCCUCCACUGUAUCAACACCAGGCAGCAGGAGAUGCUCUGUCACUCCCUCUUUCUCUCUGGUCGUGAUGUGAACCUGGGCCUGCAGUGUCAGUCAGCCAACAUCACAGUUUUGCAUGCAGAGGAUGAGUCCAGCCCUUGUCUGCUGGACCAGGCCACCGGCAGGAUUCACAGUGCCGAGCUCAGCCCCGCCUACCUGCUGAAGAUCCUGCGUUCAGACACAAAUUCUAGGUGUCCCAGCAGUAAAGCUGACCCUCAGCGCCUGGCUGCCCUCCACUGCCUGCUGGUUUACAUGGGAACUGACCCAAACCUGGAGCUAAAGGUUAUUGAAUGGCUGUGUGACAACGUGAACACCUUUGAAUCUUUUGAUCAGAUCCAGGAGUUUAUUUUAGCCUCGUUGUACAGAAUAAGCUACGAGAAGGCUCUCAGCUUGGAUAAAAUCCUGCCUUACUCCUCUGUAUUCGACAAGAAGGAGGUGCCAGAAUGUUUGCUGAAGGUUCCUGGUGUGUUUUGUACCACAGAGAUUCAAACUGAAUCUACCUUCAAAGGGAAGGCCAGGAGUCUCCAGGGCUUCUGGUCAGAGCUGCAGUGGAACACAGAGAGGACAAAAUAUCUUGAUGCCGAUCCCAACCCCCGAUACAGAACCUCACACAUGCAGGCCGACUGGGACAAAAUGAGGUCCGAGAGGAGACCCUCCAGCCAGCUGAAUCACAUAGAGGAGAACACAAAGAAAGUUCUAUCAAUGGUGGACACCUGGAGUCUUGAUAAGAAGCUGGUGCCGCUUUUCCAGGAGGAGGAUCAUCAACAGAGGGCACUCAUAGGCCUGACAGUUGACAAGCUUCGAGAGCACCUCAGCAGACACCUUCCUCGGCUGGGGAAGAAAAAGAUUGACUCGCUGGUUGUCAACUAUGUAGCCAAACUGUUGGAGCUCAUCAGACACAUGCUGGAGUCAGUCUGGCUGAAGUACAAACUCGGCCCCCGUGUUUUGUGCUUGACGCAGCAGGGCAGUCCGGCCGAGUGGUCCGUCUUUCACUUCAUGUUACGGAUCCUGGAAUCCACCCGGAGUCUCUGCCUGCCUCUCCCACCCGGCUAUCACACCUUGUUUGCCGUGUUUGCUGUGCGCUGCCUCCCUCAUCACACCUUUCUGCAGUACAUUGACCACGGUUUCCUGCAGCUCACCGAGACCUUUGUGUCUCGCCUCAUGACGGAUUUGGACAACAGUGAUGCCAAUGAGAGGCUGAAAUUCAGCAUCCUUAAGAGACUUCCUGAGCCUAUGGUGAAGAGGAUCUACCAUAUGUGGGAUCAUCCUGUCAGUUCUGCUUCAAUCUCCAGAGAUUAUGUCAAGACUCUGCUGGAGAAACACAACAAAAAUAAGGGACUUGCAUUCACCGGCAAAGACAAGCCUGGCUUCAGACCUGAGUUUGUGCCUCUUACCUACCUGGCAAAAAUACUCUCUGAUAUAGAGGAAGAAGCUCCGAACCCCUUCGAGGAGCAGGAGAACGUGGACGCCAGGUUUGUGGAGGAGACGGCUCUGAAACAGACGCUAAUUCUGCUGGGCUUCGAGAGAAAAUGAUAAACGCGCAGAGGUGGAGAGGGACGCGGGGCGGAUGGAUUGAGAGGGAAAGAGAUGGGGAGGAAAAUGUGUUUGAGAGACCAGUCAUCAUCGAAGGGGCCUCGAGGACAAGUAACGGAUGGAUGGAUGAUGGAAGGAGGGAGGGCGAGAGAUGAAAAAUGAGCGGCGGGAUUGAAAGGCAGAGGCGUAGACAUAAACAAGUUCUCACAGUGCGAUGAUGAAUUAGGGUGGGACGGAGGGGUAGAUGGAUGGAGAUGCUCAGAAUAGGAGGCAGAGUCAUCACCCCAGUUUUCCCACCUGCUUUUCAGGAAAGAGCUGAGAUGGGUUGCGAUGUGCGAGGAACAGCUGCAGCUUUACGCAAACCAAACAAAUUGUUGGCAACAGCAGAAAUUAGAAUACAAUAACCAAGACGGGUACACCUUCACUUACGGUUUAAUUAAACUUUGGGAAACUUUUUUUUUUUAAAUCGAUAACUGCAGGCAGUUAUUUGCAUCGUCUCCUCAGCUUCUCCUCUUGCUUUCAUACAAUUUAUGAACAUUGAUGUCAAAUGCUGUGAAUGGUAAUUAUAAAUCACUUGUUUAACUUGCCAAGCUUCCUGUAAUGCUGCUGCACCCCAUCAACUUGAUUAUAUGCUGAAAAAAGCUUUGCAGACACAGUGGUUUGAUGUGGUCAGUUUGGUUUUAAAAUGGAGCUAUUAUGCUUUUCCUUAUUGUCUGUCAUGCAUGUGCUGUUACAGUGGUGGAUGCUCACAUCAAACAUGGCUGGAGUUUCGAAUGAUUAAGUCAGCAUAUGUGCAAGUUUUCUGUAAGCGUCAAAAGCUCAGACAGUUUCCAAGUUCAAAUUCAGAAUUCAGAAUUUCAAAUACAACUUACAUAAGAAAAUUAACAGAACUUUUUAAGCAUUGUGAUUGGCUGGUCUUUGUAUACAUGCAGUUCUGUUUCAAGCAUCAUUCACUAUCUCCCUAUGGGAAGCGCCCUCUGCUGUGACCAUCAUGUAAGCUCCACUAUUACCACGCACAGCCUAAUCACUUCAAAGAGACUGGGCCCCCACUGACCCCCUUUAUAAGAGCCCCUGGCCCCACACUAGGAGUUCCCGCUUUCUGCCCUGUAAGGUGCAGGGAUAGCUCAAUAGGUAGAGUGGUGGCCCCAUGAUUGGAAGGUCGGAGGUUCGAUUCCCCUGAAUAGCUACCCCGUGGUACAAAGAUCACUAGAACUCAGCCAUCAGAGUAGUUUGCGAACGUAGGUUUAGCCCCACCCACCUGCUGUUCAAACCUUUUGUGUACAUGGAGCAGCCAAUCGGAAGAGCUUCUUAAAGGCCCACUAUAAGAAAUUAUUAUUGUUCAGAACUGUGACUCAUGCAAAAAUGAAGAAUAUAACAUAAAAUAUAAGCUUGGAAAUUAGCAUAAUAGGUCCCCUUUAAUGCUGAUUUAUGCAGAAUGAUUUGUCUCUCUGACACCACAACUACAUAUCUAUAUGUUCAUUGUUUGUAACACUUAAUAGCUCCUGUUACCAAACCUAAAUAAAGAGAACAUAGGCACCUUAUACAAAAUCACUCCAUAGAAGGCAGUAAGAGUCUGCUUCCACACACAUGUUCAGACGUGUGCUUUGAAAAAUCGUGCUGUAAAUGUUCCUAAUCCUUUCAGUGCCUGGAUGUUUGCACCCUGCGCAUCAUCCAGCACUGCAUUCCACAGAUUAUUUACAUGUUGUGUUUUGAUUGCAAAACCAGUACUCUGGAAGAAGGGAUCUCUCAAUCGCUCGUGUUUACACCGAAAUGUAAAUAAAUGUUUUGUCUUUUUAAAA